CGUGCCCAUUCCAUGCUAACUUGAUGAGGGAAACGUUUGGACGCGUGUGGCUAUUGUAAAUAGCAAAACCAGGGGGAAAAAAAGGCACUCCGACGUCACUAUUCUACUUAACACGACAUCCCCCGUCGCGUGGUUCACUCCUUGGCUAACCGACACGCGCGUAGUUCUCUGACGGGUGAGUUUUUUCGCCAUGUUCUCGUCUGUCCCCACUCGGUUGUUCGCGGGAAGGUCGCGAAGCUUGUCGCCGUGCAAGCGCGUCCUCCAGACCAGUUCGGCCGCCCCCGCGUGUCAGACCACAACCAGAGAGCCGCAGGCGGAGAAUAACCGCAACCCCAUCGUGUCCACCUCCCGGGUGUCAAGACGGGGGAUUUUGGCGGAUGACAGCGCUGUAAACACCGUGAACCAGUCGGUGCAGUACCACCACCUCGCCCCGGGGUGGCUCUCCACUCUGGAGAACCGCCGCGGUUCGUGGGCCGCCUUGGCCAGCAGAGGGCGCAACAACAACAAGUACUGGGAAGAUGGCGGUCGGAGGACCGGAGGGGACGGCGCCAGCCCGACGGGAAUGGCCUCGGCCGGCCUGCUUUCUGCCGCUGCCGUGGCCUUCUGCCUGAAGAAAGACUCUGAUGACAAAGGUGAUGCCCUUUUGGAGGCCGCGAGGACCAAUAACGCCCAAGACGUGGCCAGGCUCUUGCGGGAAGGAGUGGACCCAAAUCACCGACACCGCCUCGGUUGGACUCCUCUUAUGGUGGCGGCCAUCAACCGUCAGCACAGUGUGGUGAAAGUUCUGCUGGAAGCUGGUGCUGACCCAAAUGCCGGCGAUGACUUCAACAACGUUUAUGACACCUCAAGGGAGAUCGGCAUCCAUUCACUGGAAGUCCUGGUUUCCAGAGAGGACGAGUUCAGCAGCAGGCUCAGCAGCCGGGCCGGCUUCCGAGGCUGUUCGGCGCUUCACUACGCCACCCUGGCCGAUGACCCGUCCACCGUCCGCGUGUUGCUGGAGUUCGGUGCCAACCCUCUGCAGGUCAACGGUUUGGGACACACUGCUCGGGCCUACGCCAAAGACGGGGAAGUGAGCACACUUCUGCAGGAGUGGGAGGGCAAGUUUCAGGAGGCGCAGGCUCGGCAGGAGGCGGAGGAGAGGAGGAGGUUCCCCCUGGAGAGGAGGCUGAAGGAGCACAUCAUCGGACAGGAAGGCGCCAUCAAUACUGUGGCGUCAGCCAUCAGGAGGAAGGAGAACGGCUGGUACGACGAAGAACACCCGCUCGUGUUCCUCUUCCUGGGCUCCUCGGGAAUCGGAAAGACCGAGCUGGCCAAGCAGGUGGCACGUUACAUGCACAAGGAUGUCAAAAAGGGGUUCAUCCGCAUGGAUAUGUCUGAGUUUCAGGAAAAACACGAGGUAGCGAAGUUCAUCGGCUCGCCACCAGGAUACGUCGGACACGAGGAAGGCGGCCAGCUGACCAAGCUGCUGAGGGCGUGCCCGAACGCCGUCGUCCUGUUUGACGAAGUGGACAAGGCUCACCCUGACGUGCUCACCAUCAUGCUGCAGCUCUUUGACGAGGGUCGUCUUACAGACGGCAAGGGGAAGACCAUCGAGUGUAAGGACGCCAUCUUCAUCAUGACCUCCAACGUCGCCAGUGAUGAAAUUGCCCAGCAUGGACUCCAGCUGCGGCAGGAAGCCGAAGAGGUCACCCGCAGGAAGCUGGCUGAAAAUCUCGAGGACGUACAGAAAGGCGACGACAUCAGGAUUUCCCGACACUUUAAGGAAUCUGUCAUCCGCCCAAUCCUGAAGGCACAUUUCCGCAGGGACGAGUUUCUGGGCCGGAUCAAUGAGAUCGUCUACUUCCUGCCAUUCUGUCACUCCGAGCUGCUCCAGCUGGUCAGCAAGGAGCUGAGCUUCUGGGCGAAGAAGGCCAAGCAGCGCCACGACAUCACGCUCCAGUGGGAUCGGCCCGUCCUGGACCUCCUGGCGGGCGGGUACAACCUGCAUUACGGCGCGCGCUCCAUUAAGCACGAGGUGGAGCGCCGCGUGGUCAACCAGCUGGCGGCGGCCUACGAGCAGGAGCUGCUGCCCAAGGGCUGCACGCUGCGCCUCUCCGUCCAUUCGGAGGGCCGCGAGGAGCGGAACCCGCCCGGCCUUCGCCUGGAGGUGGUCGGGGACGACAGCUCGGCCAGGACGCUGGACAUCCGCCCCCCGCUCAGCCCGCAACACUAACGGUCGGGAAUGUCUUUGAGCGAUCCAAGUACCUCACGUCACUGCACGUCACUGCCUCCCAACUUUCACUGCACAUGUACAGCGCUAUUGUGACUUACAAGUUCCCCCAAAUUGGGAGGGUCCACACACACCCCCCCCCUCCCCCCACCAAUCCCCCGACGUUACAAUAUCCCAGAUGUGACGAUCGGUCACAAUUGUAUUUCCACGCACUCACCGAGAUGCUGAGCCAUGUCAAUACUGUAUAUACAGUGUAUUGUUUUACAGUACGACCGUAAUUCCCGGCCUACAAAGCACGCGGUUAUAAGCCUCGUCGAGUACAUUUGUAAAGGAAAUACCAUCUGGUAGCCCAAAGUGCCCACAUUGAAACACGAGAUAUUUACAGACAGUGCACAGAAAGAGUUUAAUGCUAGCGCCCUCGCGCUAACGCUAGUGCCGCGCCAACGCUAGCGCUGUGCUAAUGCUAGCGCCGUGCUAACGCUAACGUCGCGCUAACACUAGCGCCGUGCUAACGCUAGCGCCGUGCUAACCGGGUGUUUCCAUACAAUACAGUGUUUUUUUUUUUUUUUUUGUUUUUGUGUUUAUUAAAAACACAUCUACGAUGGGAACUUAAUGACACUUCAAUGGGGAAAAUCAAUUACAAAUAAUUGAAGCGGCGAGUUUAGUCACGGAAAACGAACUCGUGAGUCAAGGUACCGCUGUACUAUGAAAAAAAAGAGGGAGGUACAAGUAGUGUAUAGAUAUAUAGAUAUAGAUUCAAUGCCAACUUGUCAUUCAUGUAAAUUAUUAGGUAGCACACUGCUGUUAAAGCACAGUGAUUAAAAUAUGUAUAAAAUAUUGACAAGAUUCUAUUUGUCACAUGUGUUUGUUUGCAGUCAUAGACGAGGUCGUAGGAGCCAUUAAAAAAUGUGAAUGAUGGAUGUUAUUUAAAUGUUAUGAUGAUGAGUGAUCUGCUGUGAAAGAUGUAUUUUUUUUUUUUGUAUUUUAUUUUAAAGCAAAGCUGCUUUGGCUGUUUGUCGUUCACUUCCACAAGCGAGCAUAAAAUGGCGUCACUCAAUCCACUUGAAUUAUUACAUUAUAAAAUGUGAACCGCUCCUCAUUAUGCACGCUAAUCGUGAGUCGUUACGUCGCCGUCGCGGGAUUGAACGGACGGAUCGGGAUCGUUUGGACGAGCGCGGUGUGAUGUCUGUCGUGUCGGCGCGUGCGCCAAAACCCACGAUGGAAAUAAAAAGUCCAUUCCG